UGUGUGUGUGAGGGGGCCUGGCCGUUCGGCUGUCACUCAUUGUGCGUGGUUGCGCGGUUUUCCACGCAGCUCGCGCUUCUGCUGAAUUAUUCAUGAGAAUGAGUGACGUUUUUAUGCAGAUUAGCUGUUCUAUUUUAAUACGCGGGAGGUGGAGCCACGCACGGCACGUAAAGAGGGGGAGUGCGAGGUUGGAGAACUCUCACACCGCUCACAGAGCUUGGGCUGUUAGAUAGUUUGGCUCUGCACCUUAUCUGUCUAGGCGUGAGAGCAGCUUGAGGAGAGGCUGACAGUCAGAGAGAGAGAAUGAUGCAAAAGUAACAGAUCGAUGCCAUUGGCCGAGGCGCCCGCAGUGUCUCCCAGAGGAAAAAGAUGAUCAGGAUGUCAUUGGACAAAGAGACUGUUCUACCGCGUGAUGGGCGGGGUGACGCUGCUGUCCCAGAAGGCCCUGCGUCAGGAGGAGGGGGGGGAGUGGACAGGGUGGGUGGGGUAAUGAUGUCCCCUCACCCUCCCUGUCUGGGACCAACCGGAUUCACCGGAAGUUUGGUUCUAACGGAACAGCCACAUCCCCACGGCCCCAAAACAAGAAGUACACACCCCCUAAAGACCAAAAAUGGCCUUCAGCCCCUCCACAACAACCCCCAGGUCUUCCCUCCAGGACAGCAGCAGCGAAUGGGGAAGCGGCGCUACUCCCUGGGCGGCAGCUUCAAGCACCCGGGCUUCGGGAAGCGCCGUCGCCGAGCCAACAGUGACAGUCAAUCAGACCCCGUCCUUCCCUCCAACUUCCUGUUGGGCGGGAACAUUUUCGACCCGCUGAACCUCAAUUCUCUAAUGGAUGAGGAGGUGAGCCGCACACUGAACGCUGAGACGCCCAAGUCCUCGCCCCUACCGGCCCGGGCCAGAGACCCUGUAGAGAUCCUGGUACCGCGUGACAUCACAGACCCCCUGAACCUGAAGAGUGGGGGAGGGGAGGAGGGGGGAGGGGUGCUGGUCUCCCCCAUGAAAAACAGGAAGAGACACCGCAACCGUCACCACGGAGGAGGAGGAGGGGGGGCGCAGCCUGAACCCCCCACACUGACUGAGGGGUCAAAGGUAGAAGCUGGGGGUGAUUCGGGGACAGGAGGUGAGGUGUUGGCUCUGUUCCCUGCCAGCGUCAGCGUUACUGGUGAGCUAGCUGCAGUACCGGAGGCUCCCAGAGAGGGCCUCUCUGGAAGCACAGUGCCACAGUCUCCUCUGCCCUACGAACUCAACACCACCAUCAACUGUCGGGAUGAGGUAGUUCCGCCCAUUCUGCCCCGGAGACACACCCACCCGCCACUUGGCUCCACCUCUAAACCCCGUCCCCAUGGUGACGGAGGCCAUCGGCAGCGUAAGCGGCGGCGUACCACCUCAACGAGAUCUGACCAUUCGUCGGUUAAUCCGACCCCCGCCCUCACCACUGCCCCACCCAACACCUUCCACACCCCCCUGGUGCCAGGAUCAGGCCUCAGAGGUCAGAGGUCAGGGUCAGUAGUGGGAGGUCAGCAACAGCCCCAGAGUUCCUUCGGCCACAAACCCCAGAAGAAGAAAAACAGGUUCCAGCACGGCAACUACAGCCGUUAUUACGGCUACCACGGUUACUACGGUUACCGUGAUGGGCAGGUGGGGCGGUUUGAGGACCCUCGUCUGGGCCUGCUUCGACCCGAUUGGUUCAGAGGGAAGACAGUGCUGGACAUUGGCUGCAGCACCGGUCAUCUGACCCUGGCCAUCGCACGCCACUUUAACCCGGCCCACAUCCUAGGUAUUGAUGUGGACGGGCGGCUGGUGCACGCCGCUAGGCAGAACAUUCGCCACUUCCUGUCCGAACGACUCACACAGGAUGCCAGAGGUGGGGAGAGAGGGGGAGAAAGUAAACAGAAAGCUGAGACAGCUGAGCAGAGUGAAGGAAGAACACAGAGCGGAACUAAGAUGGCGUCCGGUACGGCUGAGAAGAAGAUGGAGGAGGAGGGCCAGAACGAGGAGUGUAGCGCUCUAGAGGAACUGAAGAGAACCCUGACGUUGCUGUCGCCCUCGAGUGGCUCCCGGGGUGUAGGUCGCCCUCUCCCUCCGUUCCCCCUCUCCUUCAGGGUGUGUCGGGGUCCCAUGGCUGCUCCCCCCCUCUUCCCCCCCUCCACCCUGGCCCACGGAACACCUGGAACGUUCCCCAACAACGUCUCCUUCAUAACGGGUGAUUACAUGGAGGACCGAGAACUAUGUCCCCAUGGUGACGACGUCACCGCAGGAUAUGAUGUCAUCCUGUGUCUGGGCGUGACCAAGUGGGUCCAACUGCACGGUGGCGACGGGGGCGUGGUCAGAAUGUUCAGACAGAUCUAUACACACCUACGACCAGGUGGCAUUCUCCUCCUGGAACCACAACCCUGGAGCUCCUACUGCCGCAGCAAGAACAUCACGGAGACGACGUACAGGAACUACUGCGAUAUCAGACUGAGACCUGACAACUUCUGUUGUUACCUCACCUCUACUGUGGGCUUCACCUGUUACAGACUACUGACUGAUACAGGAUUCCAGAGGCCAAUCUACCUGUUCCACAAAGGCCCCGCCCCCAGGAAGUGACUGGGUCAAGAUAUGACACGUGAGUGCCGAAGCACCGCAGGAAGUGGACCGCUGCCGAGAGCGCUGCCUGGCUCCAUGGAAACAACCGCCCAGCUGGUAUGAUUGGUGGACGCUCACCACUACCUGAACUCUGGUGGAACGCUCAAACCGUGAUUGGAUGAGAGGAGCUUCUAAUGACUCAUAACUGAUUGAUCAGUCAGGCAGACUGACAAAACUAUUAAUCAAUGAUUAGUUAGUCAGCCAGACUGACUGACCAAACUAUUAACAGACUGAACUAGAGACUUGUAAACCACACAGUUCACGGCCAGGGCACCCUCCUAUCUCUCUCCACUCAGUCAUCUGUCUACUGAGACGUGGCGUCCUGGUUGAGCCCUCUGCAGAGCCAGUUUCACCCUCUCUGAUUCAACCCCACUGAAUGAACAGGGAGCCUGGAGGAGGAAGUAGAAACUAGAACCACAAGGAGCCAAGCGGGGCCUGAGUGUGUGUCUGCCAGUUCUUCUCCAGUGUGUGUACGAGGAGGCAUGUUAUUAUAUAUAUGUGUGUGUGUUUCUGUGUGUAUGAGGGAGGUUGUAAUUGUGUGUGUGUGUGUGUGUGUGUGUUUCUGUGUGUAUGAGGGAGGUUGUAAUUGUGUGUGUAUGUGUGUGUGUUUC